AUGUCAUCCACCCAUCCGUACCAGCUGCUCUCUAUCGACGAGAGAGUCAAACGAGUUUUGGCUACAACUCCUCUUAUAGAUGGCCACAAUGAUUUACCUCAACAACCCAGAGCUUGCUUUCAUGGAAAAAUACACGACAAUGAGAAAUUCGACCUAGAAAAGGGAUUCGAGCGCGGCAUGACCGACAUUCCUCGACUUAAACAAGGCGCCGUGGGCGGCCAGUUCUGGUCUGUCUGUGUCCCUUGUCUCAGAUCAGCAGAGAACUUCACCACACCAGAGUACUCUGACAUGGCACGAGAUGCCAUUGAGCAGAUCGAUCUGACUCUCCGGCUCGUUGAGUCUUACCCAGAGACAUUUCAAUUGGUCAGUGGUCCUUCGGAAGUCAAGGAUGUUUAUGCCAGUGGUAAGAUUGCUUGCUCUAUUGGCAUUGAGGGGUUGCACAUGGCAGGAAACAGCAUCGGUAUUAUUAGAGCUUUCUACAGGCUCGGGUGCACUCUUACUCAUGUCUGCAACAAUGCGUUCGCGGAUAGCUCCACUUCAAAGAUCGGUCCGGUUCAUGGUGGGCUAUCUGACCUAGGAAGGGCUGCUGUCAAGGAGAUGAAUAGGCUUGGCAUGAUUGUUGACCUCUCUCACGUCUCGGAAGACUGUGCGAACCAAGUCCUCGACCUUUCCCGGGCCCCCGUCAUGUUCUCCCACUCCAACGCAAAAGGAGUAUUUGACUGCCCCCGAAAUGUGCCCGACCAUAUCCUCGAUAAAGUGCCCCUCGAUGGAGGUAUCGUAAUGGUUACUUUCGUCCCAGAGCAUGUCACAACGCGCCGAAAAGAUGCCAAGAUGGAAAUGGUGAUCGAUCAUCUCUUUUACGUGGCCAAACGUAUUGGCUGGGAUCAUGUCGGUCUCGGAUCCGAUUUUGACGGGAUUGCUAGUGUUAUCCCUGGCCUUGAAGACGUGAAAUGUUACCCCCAUCUUUUGAAAGCUAUCCUUGAUCAUGGAGCGACUGAAGACCAAUUGGCAAAGGUUAUCGGCGAGAACAUUCUUCGAGUUUGGGCAGGGGUCGAGCAAGUGAGAGAUCAGAUGAAGGCUGAAGGAGUACUUCCCGUGGAGGAUGUUUUUAAGGAUCGAAAGUGGUGGAGAUAUGAUGGGUAUUAUCAGAUGGAAGAUCCUGAUCCUGAGGAUAAGCUUGGACUUGACUGGUAUGGGAAACCCCCACCAGAUGAGGGGCUAUACCUUGAGAAUUAG